AGUGUUCAAAGGCAGAUGAGGAGCCGGGUGCUGUGGGUUGUAUGGGAGGGACAGAGCAUGGCUAGAGGAAGCAGCAGGGUCCCCUACCUGUCUAAGCUGGGCCCUACAUCUACCCCACAAGGAGCACAGGAAGCCCUUUACAGCAGCAAAUGACAAUUUUCUAGGACAUUGGUGUCCCAGUUAAGCGUGUAUCGGUCAGUUGUAUCAGCAUUGGGUGGUGGGGAAGACAGCUUUGCUCCUGUGCGGCUCACCUGCGAUGGGUAUCCCUCCACCAAAGCAGAUGUUGACAAUUGGGAUUGGCGUGUGGAUGAAGGUCGAUCCAGUGACAGACGCGGCCAUGGCCCUGAGAGGACCCCACCCUUUGCUCUUCCUGACCCUCAUCCUGCUGGCCGCCGGCCUGGCCCAGAUCAGUGAAUGUGCCAGCUACCGUCAGUUCGUGACCCAGCACUUCGACAACCCCAAGACCAAUGCUGCCAAUGACCGGCUCUACUGCAACCUCCUGAUGCAGCGCCGUGGCCUGACCCGCAUUUUCUGCAAACGCCGCAACACCUUCAUCCAUGCCCCCGCUGGCCAGCUCCAGGCCAUCUGUGCCCGUGGAGGGACACACGUGAGCCUCAACCUCUAUGACAGCCUGGAGUCCUUCAACGUCACCACGUGCCGGGUGCUGCCCCGCUCCCUCCCGGGGAACUGUAGAUACAGGGCUGCAAUCGGCAACACCAAGAUCCGCGUGGCUUGUGUCAAGGGGCUGCCUGUGCAUUUAGAGCCAACGUACCUGCCAUGA